UCCCCUAAACAGUUUACAAACAAAGAGUUACCGCUGCUAGUGAAUGCACCUACUCUGGAUCUUGCUGCAUUAUAUGAGUUGACAAGGUGUGAGAAUCUAGUACCAUGUUUUGCUGCUACCGUUCCUGGUUGUUGGACUGAACUUAUGCAGGCACAAAAGCAGCGGAAACACCCACAACAUCUCCAACAUGCUGACGAUGUUCAUCACACACGUUCUUGGCGGCUACAAAAUGAUUUGACAAGUUGGGACGAGCAUGUAUUUGAGCUGACUCUGCCGCGCAGUGUGUGUGUUGGUCAUGUAGAUCUGAAGUUCUCAUUGCAUGCCCAGUGCCAGUACCCUCCCAAUUUACAAUUUACACUGCUCAAACAGAAUGCCUCUGGCAUUGGUAAAUUGUCAGACAGCAUUUCAGAUGUUGACAACGUCAUUGACUUCAAUUUAUUGUCUCCGGAAGGUGGUGCCAAAAAAGGUACAUUUUUGGUCCAACAGCAAAACCCUGUGCUAACAAAGCAAUUUGCUCGAACACACAAUACCGAAAUUCUUAGUGGACCUGUGAACCUGGCCGCAUGUCUAGACUUGUCUGACCAGUCUGGCACUGUCACGUUCACCAGCCCCCAACUGUACAAGGUGCGCGGCCGCACGCUGCUGGUACACAUCAAGGCUCUGGCUGCUUCUUCAUCUUCAAUAGGGCAAGAACGGGAGCGGCGAUGGCGCUGGGAACACAAUGGGCUGGGUAGCUCAGUGGACCGGCUGGCCAGCAAUGCUGCAAACAAGAAGAUGGAUCUAACUGGUUGUGACUGGUUACAUGAGAUUUCCAUCACUGUACGAAACGCCAAGCCCACCGACAUACCCAAUGAAAGGGCUGAGCGGUGUGCAAUGUUGGAAUCGGACCCGUUGGUGGAGCGAUUGGUAGAACUGGUGACUGGUGAGAAUGGUGUACAGCAGAGCAUGGCCUUCGAUAUCCUAUUGUGGGUAGUAGCAACCCGCCUGAGCCGACUGAGGCCCCUCCCCACCUCAGCAGACAGCCCUUGUGGCAAUCAUCCAGGACCACCUUGGCCCACUUGUCCACAGUUGCUUU